AAUCUUUCUACUAAAAAUUUCGAGAUAGCCACUGUCAUUAUUUUUAUAUUACUCGUUGGGAAUUUUCUAGAAUAAUUGUAUAAUUUGUAUAAUAAUAAUCAUUGGGAAUUCAUAAUUAUUUUGAAGAUAAUAUCAUAUUUGCGUUGUGUAUUUUCCGAUAGAUGAAGAAUUUCUUUGGUAGGCCGGGUGCACUUGGUCAAAGACACACGCAUUUUAAACGUCAACGGCACACGUGAUCACCGAGGCACGUGCACGCUGAGUCUACGACCCGUGGUAUACGUAUACAUAGGUGUUUAAAAAAGAGUUUCUGUGGAAGUUGUUAAAACCAUGCUGUAUAAAAGUGGCAUAAAAAAUACGUACACAUUUUCAAAUAUUUAUUGGAAUUCAACGAACGGUGAUAUUUCUUGGAUCAAUCAUUUUCAUUUAAUUACAAUUGCGGAAAAUCUUGUGGAUUCUGAAAACAAUCAAAAUUACAAGUGAUUCAAAUAUUUACGCUAGUUAAUAUUAUUUGCACGUUUAAUUCUUGUCAAACAUAUCUAAGUUUUAUGAUGUAUGCAUGUAUAUCUAUCUAUACAUAUACCGCGAAUUCCAUCCACUUCCUACCCAACUAUUCUUAAGUAUAGUUCUUAUUCCGAAUACCUGUUACUGAGGUCCCUACUAAAUCGCUUUUCAAACACGUGAGUCGAUACAGGUUCUGCGUAUCCGGGCCAGGGACGUUAGUUAGAAUGAUUUCUCUUACUAUUUUGUUUAGUUGUUAACAUUUCCUGGAAAGAUUUUAUUCAAAAUACAUAAUGUGUCGCAAUGUUGAUCUAUUACCUUAAAAUUUUUUAUGAAUUCGUAUCAUUCCAUUAUCUUAUAUUCUUUUUAUUAAUAAAUAAUAAUUUUUUGGUUCAAUAUUGUAAAGAAUGAUAAGUUUAAAAAUGUUUUAUUAAUAUAGUCCCAACCUUUAGAUAUAACACUCAUAAGUAUAUAUUUUAUUGGUUUGUUCACGUGAUUGAAUAUUUAAAGGAAAUAAAAUUUCAAAAAAAAUUAGCUAGAGGCAAAAACGAGCGUACACGUGAGCAUAAAAGAUAAGCACGUGAGUGCCCUACAAGAUUCUUACUUCUAGUAUACUUCUAACAUGAGUCCCUGACCCGUUUAGCAGUACUUUUACCGUAUGCAAGUACUACCUUCACUGAUUGUGCACGAGAACGAAUUUACUUGGCCUAUAGCUCGCUUCCUUUUGGAUACAUAUCCUCACGUGCAACGUUCCUUGCCAAUCUCCUCUCCUUUUGAUUUCCCCUCCUAAGUAAAAAAGGUAUCUCUCCUUUCGUUCCCCACCACCAUCACCACCACCUUUUCUUGACUUCAUCCCCCAACAAAUUGAGAUCAAUGGUUAACUUACACAAUAAUUACAUGCCUUUCCAAUCCUCUCCUUUCGCUUUUUCUCGGUGUUUGGUUUUUAGUCGGUAGUUGGUGAAAAGCCACCGUUCCUUGGCGACAACAAUCUUCCACUAGUCUUCCUUUUAGUAACUGAAGUUUCAAUCAUUUAUAAUUUGGAGAGAUAUAUUUUUCAUUACCAAAAGAAAUAUAUCAUUCAAUUGGAUAUAUCUUUUUAAAGAUGUUGGCAUUGAUAAGUACGUCGAAAUCGGCGUAUAUCGAUAGCGAAGGUUUCAACACCACGUCAACAUUAUCCAAUGAUAAAACUACAAUUGAACAAAAAAAGGAUCGUUCUCGAGGAAACGAAGACAACGCUUUAGCUAAGAGUCUUCAACUUUUGAGGAUCAGGGGUUCACCGAAUCUAUUGCCAGAAGAUAUAUUAAAAUUGGUCAAUCAUUGUCGAUGUCUUCGCGAAUUAUCCAUGUUUUAUUCUUUACUAAGCGACGAUUUAUUGAUUGCAUUGUGCACCGAGGAAGAAAUCAAUUUGGAAACUCUAAGAAUAGAAAUACAUUCCGAAACUACACCCCUUCCUGUUAUCAGUGAAAAAACGUGGACAACCUUCGCCGAUCGAUUUCCAAACACCCAUCUCAUUCUAUUAUCUUACAUAACUGACGAAGAAGAACAUAAAACCCUUUUUACGUCACGUAUACCUGUUACACAUUUGUACUUUGGAGAAGCACCAUCGGAAUUUGUAGCAUUAAGAAUUCACAAUUAUUGUCCAAGAUUGGUGGAAUUAGUUAUAUCUGCUUAUGGGCCUGGUUUAAUCGAUGAUGUUUUAAUUAACGUUGCUCGAGGAUGUCCUAGACUCAACUCCAUCGGUUUGGGUGACUGCGAAAUUAGUUGCAUAGGUCUUCUUAAAUUCGUAACCAUAUGCGCGGAACGUUUAAAAAUACUUUAUAUCCGUGAGACAUCUUUAAUCGAGGAUUUAGAAUUGGAUGUUUUGGAUGUAACAGCAAAAGUUUCUUCCCUUCUUGGAGAUACUUGGGUACCUGAGUAUAUACCAUUAUGGUGAAACAGGUAUUAUCUUAUUUAAUAAUGGGAAACUGUGAAUGAAUUGAAAUUUAAACAACGUUGAUUUUAAAAAACGUAACACGAUGUGAUAAAUGAUACGUAAACGUGAGAACUAUGAUACGUAUAAGUGAUAAUCAAAACCCAAGGAUAUAUGCAUUUUUGUACUUAUUUAACCGAUAAAUUAUUUAGAUUAUAGAUUAUUACGUAAUAUAAAUACAAUGUACAUAAUACACAUAUUUUAUGUUAGAAGUUGUUUUUUUUUUUGCAGUAUUUAUACAAACGAUAAAAAUGUCGAUUUAUUUAAGUCUUAUUUUUUGUAAGUUUUAUUUUAAACUAGAAGUGCCACAAUCAGUCCGAUACACACGUCUUUAAGUCAA